AUGGGGAGCUUCUUCGCUAAGCACGGUUACCUAUCAGUGGUGCAGGACUGCCGUGGUCGCUUCAAAUCUGGCGGGCGAUUUUUUCCGUUUCGAGAUGAGCCGCAAGAUGGUUAUGACACAGUGGUGUGGCUCGCAAAUCAUCCCUCCUGCAAUGGAAAGGUGGGUAUGUAUGGCUGUUCUCACAUGGCUUGGGUACAGUUCCACGCAGCGACGCAAAACCCACCGGGGUUAGCCACAAUAAUCCCGUAUGAGGGUCCCAUCAAUGCGUAUCACUACAGUAUGCGUGCGGGUGGUGCGCUGCACUUGGGACUUUUGAAGUGGAUUCUUGAAACGGCAACAACUAGCCAAGAGGCACAGCAAAAUCCCGCUAUCGCCGAAGCGGUUCGGACGAUGAGUUCAGGUCAGAACUUUCUGAAUUGGGCUUCUCGAAUCCCGUGGAAACGGGGACAGACACCGCUCAGUAUUGCGUCCAAAUAUGAAGACGCUGCCUUUCAACUCUAUUUUGAAAACUACGACUAUACGGAUUUUUGGCGUCAACCCGGCUUUGCAAUGGACGAGUAUUUUGAAUGUUUUCCGGAGAUUCCCAUCCUAUGGGUCGUCGGUUGGUAUGAUUGGUACCCACGCACCAUUAUCGACGGUUAUCAGAAGAUGGUGAAGAUGCAGCGAGAAAACCAGUAUCUCCUCGUCGGUCCUUGGACGCAUAACAACUUCAAUUCGUUGUGUGGGGAUGUGAAUUUUGGGACGGGAGGAAGCAUUCACAACUAUGAUGAUUUCUUGAACUUGGAAUUGGCAUGGUUUGAUCGCUGGCUCAAGGACGAUCAGAACGCUGACACUGGAACGCCCGUCAAGGUGUUUACAAUGGGAGGUGGGGACGGAAGACGCGACAAUAACGGGAGGCUGAAGCACAGUGGAGAAUGGCAUUACGGCGACAUUUGGCCCCCCAAAGGCAUCCAACCGACACCAUUCUACCUACACUCAGAUGGUGCUCUAUCACAAGACAGACCGAGUCAGGAGAGCGCGUGGACGACCUACACCUAUGAUCCGCGGAACACGUUUCCAGCAAUGGCCGCUGUAUCAUUCCCUACGGACCAGCCGCCGAGGGAGGGUUCUCCGGGAUGGGCCCACGCGAUCAGAUUGAUUUGGAAGCCCUUGCCGGGGCACGGGAUUCCGGGUAUGCCCAUCGCCUCCCGUCCAGAUGUAUUGGUCUUUCAGACUCAGCCGCUGUCUGAAAAGGUCAGAAUCGCUGGAAAUAUAAAGGUAAUCUUGUGGGUAUCGUCAGAUCGCCCGACACCGACUUUUUCGUGA